ACGCGUGCGCGGUGGGCGGAGCGCGCCUCUUCCAUCUCCUUUGCCAGCCCAGGUCCGCUCAUCCUUACCCAGCCGGUGUGGUGCUCGUGGUUCCCCGCCUCGUCGCGGAGAGUCGCUGCGGAGUGGGCGUUCGGUGUCCGGGUCGUCAUGGCUGGCUACGAAUACGUGAGCCCGGAGCAGCUGGCUGGCUUUGAUAAGUACAAGUACAGUGCUGUAGAUACCAAUCCACUCUCUCUGUAUAUCAUGCAUCCAUUCUGGAACACUGUAGUAAAGGUAUUUCCUACUUGGCUUGCUCCAAAUCUGAUCACCUUUUCUGGCUUUCUGCUGGUUGUAUUCAAUUUCCUAUUUAUGGCAUACUUUGAUCCUGACUUUUAUGCUUCAGCACCAGGUCACAAGCACGUCCCCGAUUGGGUUUGGAUUGUAGUGGGCAUCCUCAACUUCAUAGCCUACACUCUAGAUGGUGUGGAUGGAAAGCAAGCCCGUAGAACCAAUUCUAGCACCCCUUUAGGGGAGCUUUUCGACCAUGGCCUGGACAGUUGGUCAUGUGUUUACUUUGUUGUCACUGUGUAUUCCAUCUUUGGACGAGGAUCAUCUGGUGUCAGUGUGUUUGUUCUUUAUCUCCUGCUAUGGGUAGUUUUGUUUUCUUUCAUCCUGUCUCACUGGGAAAAGUAUAACACAGGGAUUCUUUUCCUGCCGUGGGGAUAUGACAUUAGCCAGGUGACUAUUUCUUUUGUCUACAUAGUGACUGCGAUUGUGGGAGUUGAGGCCUGGUAUGAACCUUUCCUGUUUAAUUUCUUAUAUAGAGACCUAUUCACUACAAUGAUUAUUGGUUGUGCGUUGUGUGUGACUCUUCCAAUGAGUUUAUUAAACUUUUUCAGAAGCUAUAAAAAUAACACCUUGAAACACAAUUCAGUCUACGAAGUUUUGGUUCCCUUCUUUUCUCCCUGUUUGCUCUUCGUUUUGUCUACAGCGUGGAUCCUCCGGUCACCCUCAGAUAUUUUAGAGAGACACCCUAGAGUCUUCUACUUUAUGGUCGGAACAGCCUUUGCCAACAGCACAUGUCAGCUGAUCGUUUGUCAAAUGAGCAGUACUCGCUGCCCAACUUUGAAUUGGUUGCUGCUUCCUCUCUUCUUGGUUGUCAUGGUGAUAAACUUAGGAGUAGCCUCUUACAUUGAGAACAUUCUCCUGUUUACGUUAACAACUGCUUUCACUCUGGCCCACAUCCAUUAUGGAGUACGAGUGGUAAAGCAGCUGAGCAGCCAUUUUCAGAUUUACCCAUUCUCAUUGAGGAAACCAAACUCGGAUUGACUAGGAAUGGAAGAAAAGAAUAUUGGCCUGUAAUCUACAGAAAGAAGUACUGUAAAUAAGAUGCUUGUAAAUAUUUCAUCCAUCACCAUUGAACUAAACUGAUCUGCUUAACAGACAUGGAAACUCAGUGUGUGUGGUACUUGGAGAGCACGAAUGAUAUGUAUGAUCUGAACUUGUGGCAUUUUGGACCUACUAACUCCCAGCUUAUUUUAUUUUUUAUAAAACCAUGUGACGUUUUGGUUAAGCAUAAUGUACUUAGACCAGCAAAAUGUUCCUGGUGAUUUUAGCUUCAUGAGUCCUGAGUGUUUUGGUUCAUACGGAGUUAAAGACGCUUUGUUUUUAUGUUUAAAACCCCAAAAUUGGUUUAGGAGCUCUGGUAACAUUCAGAAAACCAUAAUACGUUUUCAUAUUUGAUCCUUAGUAGUAGGUCUUUAUCUGUGGAAGUUGUCGGUAACCCAGAUCUAAUAUAGGGAAAAGACGGAGCAAGUCUGCUUCUGCAAGAGAUGCCAAAUGGUUACAGAACAUUAUACAGUUGCCAAAUACUGGUUUCUCUUUCCCAUGGAAAUGCCUUUUGUCCUCACAUGCUAAGAGAGCUAAUAUAUAUAUUUAGAUUCUCUAGUAUUCUGGCUCUCUUUGUUAUGGAACAGAUCUUGAUAAACGGUUUUAUUUUUUUUUUUAAAGAAAAAUAUUCUAUUGAGACUUAGUAAGGAUUGUAAUUAUAGCUCCACACAUUGGCAUGGUUCAUUGUUUAAAUAUGGCAUUUUUUUUCUCUCAGCUCUAAGUUGCUGAGAUUUGGUGCCUAUGAACUAUGAUUAUAUGAAUGCAUGUGACCGUCCCAGUCUUAAUGAUAAUUACUUGUGAGGAAUGCAAGUAAACUUCCUUAUAUGAGGAAUUUUCUCUGUAGUUAGGAAUCUUAGGAACCUCACUAUGAAAUUACUGCUGAGAACCUCAUUACAAAAUUAGUUUUCUGAUUCAAUUUGUCCUUCCUUCCUUCCUCUCUCUCCCUCUAUCUCUUUUUGUGGAGAAGAGAGUGCUGUGUUUUUUAUUUCAUACAGGAUAAAGAAGUAGAGAGAAAUUCUCACCCAACUUGCCCACUUCCCCGCUUGAAGGAAAUGUUUGAUAUAUAUGCCUUACUAAGUACGUUCUCCCUUUAAUAUGACUUGGAGUAAUUUUUGAGAUUUAUUGAUAAACAUAAAAAUUUGAUUUUAGUCUGGUUGUUUUAUAGAUCACACCUUUUCAUGAAUGUGGAUAUUUUCUUCUUUUUCUUUUUGACUUUGUCUCUAUUUAGUUUGGUGGUGGUGAAAUUUACUUGCUGAUUUUCUUUAUUUUUCACUGAGUGAAGUUUGUGCUCGAAUGAAGAGUGUAUUCUUAAACCCUUGUUUUUGGAUGGAUUGCACUUGGAUAAAAUAAGCACCACUGUGUUGAUUUGUAAUUAAAUUCAUAACCAUUAUUUAUGAAUGUGACCAUCGUUAAAUUUAAUUAUAGUGUAUUCCUUUGUUGAAUUUCAGUCUGCUGCUUUGUAAAAAUAACUGUAAUCGAUACUUUGGUUUUUAAAUUUGUAAAUUCUAAUCAUUGUCAUCCAGGUUAUUAGAAAUGAGGAGUCAAGGAUCUAACUUACCAUUCUGUACUCAUUUUUAAAAAUUGUCUAUAAAGGUUGGGGAUAUUUUUGGUGACUUUCUCUGAGACAAAAAUGAACGCUGAAAAUAGGUGAAAAAUUGAUGCAGGAGAAUGUGGGUAGUGAUUCCAUGUUUGUUAAUAAAUCACCGUCAUGAGGUCAGAGAAUGAACCAAUUAAGCGAAGGUACCUCUAUUUUUUGUAUACCUUGUUCUGUGUCAUCUGUAAAAUUGAACUGGAUAAAGUGUUAAUUUGGACUGGGAACAAAGCUUUGUUUUAAGGUUUCUAAGCUAAUCAUUUACUGUUUUGUUGACUUUGUACACAAGAAUGAGAUUAAUCUGUGUUAUAUAAGAAAAGAACUGAUAAAUAUAUAUAAAAUGACAAAUUUGGACCACAGGCUUUCUUCACCUUGUACAGUACAGUAAAAAACACUCUUUUCUUCUGGCAUAGGGUCAUAUCCUGUAAUUUUGGGGAUACUUUACCUCAGUGUGUUUCUCUUCUCUUUCUGUUGCAUCACAUUUAUUUGAAAAUUGUUUUGUGCCUAUACUUUAAAGACAUAUUUCCCUAUGGUGGUAAAGAAUUAUGCCGCAGUCAGUUUUAUUGACAUCAUUAGAUGAAAGAAAGGUGGCUGUCAACAAGGUAAAAAUGAAAGUGAGUAACAACUGUUUCAGAAUGCCGUGGACUUAGAAAUUUGUAGUGUACUGCUGACUCUGUUUCUUGGUUUAGUCUGCCAUCUUGAAGUGCGUCCUGAAAGCCCUCAUUUGUUGUGUACUGAUACCGCAGCUCACGCAGGAGUUAAUUACAAAUAGUUCUGUGCAUUUAUGUCAUGCCAAUUAUCAUAACAUUUCCGAAGUAUAAAAGAUAUUUCAGGCUUAUGCAUGUUGUUUUGGGUGAGUUCACACCCCAGCCUUUCUCCCAGCAUACACUGAACUGCCUUUUGGGGAGCGGUGGUGUGGUUGGUCAUGCGUGCAUGUUUCCUCCGCGUUCCAGAAUAGAGUGCCUUCGCCAGCCAGAGGUUCGCUUGGUGUCUCUGCUGACCAAAGUUACCUAGACCUGUGAUAAAUUUCUUUUCAGGUUACGGUAUGAGAAAUGUCCUUUCAUGCUUGUCAGAAAAUAAUUCCUCUGUAUUUGCGGGGGGUGUGGGCUAGAACAGUCUGAAAAUACCUGGAUAGGAUAUGGUAAUGCUGCCUUUUGUGAUUCUUGAAUAGCGUUAGUGAUCUUAGUGCAGUGCACAGUUUAAAAUUGUCACAUUUUAAAUCGUCAUUCCUCCAUUAAUGCAUAAUAGAUGUAAUAGGUGAAUUUAUGGGUUUUAGUCUUAAGGGUAAUAGAGUAAAUAACUUUCAAAUAAAAAACUAAAUAGUCUUCUUCAGCAUUUUAAUAAUAUCAUGGUUAAAAUACUUUUAAUUCUAAUUUUAAAAAGAAAGUUCAAUGCUGAUCAUGGUCUAGCAUGUUACAGUACUGCUACCAACAUGUCAUUUUAAUAUAGAAGUAUGCGAAGAGGAGUGUAUGUCUAGAGUUGCCCAGAUUCUAAGUAGAUGCCAAGAGUAUUGACCGUGACCUGGAGCCUGGGCACUGAGGGAGCAGGAAAGGAGAAGGCAGGCAGAGUAUCCCCUUUAAGGGAGAAGGGAUCCCCUUAGUGCCCACUGAUCUUACUGCAGUGCACAGUUCCACGUUGUCGCAGUGUAAAUCGUCAUUCCUCCACUAAUUUCAAAUUCAGAUGUGAAUUUGAAAGUUUCCUAAGUGUUCAGUUUUCAGAGAAUUAGUUUACUUUGUUGUCAGUUGAAAAGAAUAUACCUUGCUUUCCAAAGCAGACUUUGAUUCUAUAAAGGAUGGAGAAUAAAAAGAUAAUCUGAAGGUGUUUGAAUCAAAGACUUUCCCCCUUUAUAUUUUAACUAGAAACUUAUUUGUAACCCUUUCUCUUCCUCCUCCAUCUGGGUUUCCUUUUGACCUGCCACCGCUUAGCACAGAGAUGCCCACUUGCUUUGCUGCCCCUACAUCUUGCCACGUUCAGAUCUCCUUGAUUGCCUGAGAUCUCUUGACUAGUCAACGACUGGGAACAUGCCAGAGGGAACAGAGUAAACCCAGUGGGCUAGAACUGUUGACUUCAGGUCCCCGAAUAAGCCAAAACAGGUACAGAAUCUUUGGUUGUGUUGCUUUCUGUGUUCAGAGUGGCCUUUAUCUUGACCUCAGUUCUGGACUCGAUUGAGCACUCUAUAGAAAUUUGUUAGGUCAGACUGGAAUUUUCUUUGUCUUAUGAGGUGUCUUGGUAAGGCAGCAUACCCUUUCUUGAACACCCUGUGGGUGAAUAACCUUACUAAGUUAGCUGCCAGUACUAGAACCUUCCAGGAAGAAUUUUAACUAGUAUGCUGCAUUUGAAGCACUUUGACAGGUACAUUUUAAGGGACAGUUUUCACAAUAAAAUGGUGUUAAAUUAAUCACUGUGAAACUUGAAAGUGUGAUGCUCUAUACGUUUUAGGAAGCUUAAAUUUCUGAUUUUCCUUUACUAAUUACGUAACUCAUGUGAUUUGUAUAUUUUACUUUUCAUCUUUUUUGACAGUGGUACAAAUGACUGACGUUGGCAGGCAGUUACUUUAGGGUAUAUGGUAAAUCAUGGUUGUCUAACUUUUCCAGAUAAAAUGGUGAUGUGUUUACUUCCUUCUUGCGUGGAGCCAUGGGAAUUGGAUUUAUUGGCUAAUUCAUUUCCAGUGUUUCUACAGUACAAAGUAAAUGUAACCUUACUUUUUAACCUGCAUGCUAGUAAUAUGCUUUGCUCUUUAAUAAACAAAUAUGCAAGAGUUAGUAAUCUAGCUGACUUUUUUUGUUUUUAAGUAGGGACCAGCUCUUUUACAGACAGAUUUUAAAUGAGCUAAUAUUUAGAGUAACCAUUCGUAGCCCUCCCACAGGUGGCCUGAGUGACGGGGUUGUAUUGCAUUUGAUGUGACAGGCCAGGUUCCUAGAAUUGGAAAGUGGCACGAUUUUAGAAUUUUUUUUUUUAAACAAGGGCUUGUCUCUCUAGGAAAGUCCAUUUGGACACAACAGAAGGAUUGUCUGGUCUUCACAGACCAUUCAUGUUGUCUUGCUCGUCACAGAAUCAUUCUUAGAAAGCCAGGCUAAAUCAGGGUGGUGCUGUCUGUAAAGCAUGUGUAUUGGAUCAUGGCCAUAGAGUACCUGAUGCUACAUUGGAAUUAGAGACGAUAUGGAAGACACCAGGGGCGGCUAAAUGUUGUGCAUGCCUUAUAGCUCUUGGGCUGAAGUCUUCUCUGGAGUAGUUUGUAUGGGUAACAAUUAGAAUUGAUUUUGAUUUUUUAUUAAAACAUACACAAUUCACCAUGAAUUCUAGAUGCUGAUAUUCUUGACAAGUACUUUUUAAUCUUUAAAGAGUAAGUUCUUGACCAGGGACAUGUUUAGUUAGUACUUGAUGGUACUAACAAAGUUAUAGGAGGAGCCUGUUUUAAUUUUACAAGAUCUAUGAAUGCUGCAUUAUAAAUUUGUUUGAGUUUCUGAUAUCAUUCGGUGUCACAUUUUGAGUUUAAUCACUAAUUAAGACUGCCUACAAUAUUAACAUUUUUUUGUAGGUUUUUGUUUAGAUAACUUAUCCCAUUAGAGCAGCCAUUCAGGAGACAAAGACCCAGCUAUAUGUAAUGGUUUUGCUCAUUCUGAAAUGUGCCAAGAAAGCAUAAUUCAGUAUUAAACUCCAAAUUUCAAUUUUUUUAAAGUAGCAUUUCCCCUGGGUAAGGGCGAAGGCUGUGAGUAAUUGUGGUGGUGCACACUUCCCACUACUUCCCUCCUCCCUUGCCCCUCCCAUCUCACAUUAAAUUUGUAGCCAAUUGUAGACAAAGAAGUUGACCCCUUUCUAAGUAAGGUUUCAUUCCCUGUGACUAAGAAUAGGUGGCAGGAAUCAUGGCUGAAUCAAUUAUUGAGUUGGUAGCUUGGUCCUGUUACAGUUUGCUUUCUGUAGCAUUCUGAAACAAAAGGAUGAUUCCAUCCCUUCUCAGGUACCUAGAAACAACACCACAUAAGCAACUGGAAUAUGUCUGCUACAAGUAGAAAAUAUUAGAGAAGGCGGCGAAGAGGAGCACAAAACCGGACUUUCCCUUUCAAGUAGUUUAACUGAACGUGUUAGUAACUGGUCUGUCUAGGACUUGAUGUGUCCAUCGUAAAUAAUGCAGCAUUUAUCUUAUCUGUUUACGUGUGGUGGUGUAUGUAUACGUAUUUAAUCUGUACACAUCUAUUCUCUGUGCAUUUGUAUGUAUGAUAUUCGUAUGUGCGUGCAGUCUACUCUUGAUUAUCGGCAGGAGGGUAAGCCUCACUAGACUGUUCAUGUUGACUUAAUCUGCAUGUAGCCCGUAACUCUGUGAAGCCUCUUCCGCAUCUGAAGCCACGGUCUUUCCUACUUCAGUUCAACUUGGUCCCCAAGAAAGGCCCUUGAAAUAUAUCACUUUCCAUUUCCCUUUCACCAGGGAUUGUGUGAACCAGAAAGACAGCUUUCGAGAAAGAUGGCAGCUUCCUCCAGGGUUGAGGCUUCUGGGUCUGCCUGAUGAUGGGGCCCAUUCUGGGCCGGCUCUGGGAGCAGUUGUGCUUAUGGGCUUGAUGGGGGAGAAAUGUAGCUCUUGCAGAAAUGGAGCUUCACAGCUUGCUCCAAUUCCUUAGCUGGAAUGUCGUGAAGUCCUAGAUAACGUGAUGUACGAACACAGUACAGGUAUGCAUUUCCCCGUCAUUUUUGCAUCGUCAGUAUUGCUGUUCCCCAUUGCUAGCCCAGAUAAUCAAGAUCUGACUGUUUCUUGCCACUGGAUUCUGGAAGCCUUCCCCUUUCAACUGGAUUUAUGUUUAUUUCUGCUGCUGUGAAACCCAAAAGUAAUGCAGUAGGUUUUAAUUUAAAAUUGUUUAAUUCUAUUAUUGAUAAAUAUUUAUUGUAAUAAAAGUAAAGAGUAAAUAAUUUUUAAAUCCUUUUAA